CCUGCGCAUCCCGCAUCCAGUCGCUACCGGAGAGGAGCGCAGGGGAGUGCCCUGCGCCGCGCACACACACACACACACACACUCUCACACUCCUCCUCCUUCCUCCUAGUCCUCCUCCUGCACUGAAGCCGAACUCCUCUACCGGGCAAAACCUCUCCACCGACUCCCGACUCUCCGCUGCUGUUGUCCCCGUCUGCAUCUCCCAUCAGCCGGCUGCGCAGUGAAAAUCGACCCUCGGUCCUUCUCCGGUAGGCCUGACGCAGCAGUAUCAUGGAGGAGUUAGACGUUCCACAGAUGAGGAGAGAAGUAGAAAGCCUUCAGUAUCAGCUGGCAAUCAACAGAGAGAAAUCCUCCAUCACCGUUACCGAGCUGGUGAAGUGGAUCGAGGGUUGUGUUUGUGAUGAUCCAUUCCUGAACCCUGAGCUGAUGAGAGCUAACCCCUGGGUGGAGAAGGGCAAGUGUGUGAUCCUCUAAUGAUCACACACACACACACAACCAUAGACACACAAUCACGGCUGCAUAUAAACUAAAGAAUCAUGCACUCCCCACGCACAGUCACGCUGCACCAACUCACUCAUUCUUCCCCCCUCUCCCCCUCUCUCAUACACACACACAUAUUAUUGCUAUUAUCAUGUUUAUUUAUUGGGAGACUCCUGAAUGCUUUUAAUUUAUGUAAAGACGACCGUGUCUUUGUGUGUGAGCGUGCAGCACCGAGUAGCUUUCUAGAAGUUUGUUUUCACGGACUGGUGGGAAAUGUUCAACACCACGUUUCUAUUGGCUCUUUACACUGUCAAUCAAAAUAAAGACUGUUUUGAAUUUAA